GAGACAGAAAGUGAAAGUUGAACGAGAAAGCGAGCGGUAGCACCCUCCACUAUAUAAUCCCAUCUCGCCACGAAAUUUUACCAUUUUCGCGUGCCUUUUUUAGUUUUGGGUCGGAGAGAGAGAGAGAGAGAAAGAGAGUGAGUGAGAGAUUGAUUUUGUGGCAGAGAGCGGGAAGCAGAGGAGGGAAAGAGAGCUCGAAGCGAGAGAGUGACAGAGUCAGAGAGACAAUGGCGAGUGGCGAAGCGAACGUGGUGGAGAAUCACGACGACGCCGUUGCGGUCGAGCUACCGGCACCUCAGGGCUGGAAGAAGAUGUUCAAUCCAAGGAAAAGCGGGACACCAAGGAGGAAUGAGAUAGUUUUUGUUUCGCCUACUGGUGAAGAGAUAAAGACCAAAAGACAACUAGAGCAGUAUCUCAAGUCUCACCCUGGAGGCCCUUCUACUUCUGAAUUUGACUGGAGCACAGGUGAAACUCCAAGGCGUUCUACAAGAAUAAGUCAGAAAUCAAAAGCAACAGAAGUGCCAGAAAGUGAACCUCCUAAGAAAAAGCAAAAUCAAACAAGCUCAAAGAAGGGAGAAAAAGAGGAGGAUGAUGAUAUUGAUGGAGAAGGUGAGCGUGCUGAAGAAAAAGAAGAUGCUGCAGUUGGCGAAGAAACCAAAGCAAGUGAGCAAGUGGAGGUAAAAGAUAAAGAGGAUGUAGGGGAAAAGGACACCGAACCUACAACCAAGGAAAAGGUUGAUGAAAUGGAUUUUGAUAAAAUAGAGAAUCAGGAGGCUGCUGUUAAGACAACUUCUGAUGCAAAGGAAGAAGUCUUGAAUAACUCACUGCCAACUCCAGGGUUAGAGGAAAAUAAGGAGGAAGCUGUGAAACAGCAGAAAGAGCCUGAAAUUUCCGGUAAAUCGGAUAAUAAUCAGGAAGCUGCUAACAAGACUACUGAUGAUGCAAAGGAAGAAGAGAUUAAGAGUGACUUGCUGCUGACACCAGCUACCAAGGAGAAUAAAGAGGAAGCCAGUAAGCUGCCCUUAGAGCCUGAAGCACAAACCUUGCAACCAGUGCCUUCUGAAGCAGAUGGGAAGGUUGAAAAUGAAUCUGAGGCCGUCAAAGAGGGGAAAGAGGCAUCUACUAAGAAUUUGAUCAGUACGACAGAAACCAAAACUAAUAACGACGACGUUAACCAUUCUGUGAGUUGCGAGAAGACAUCGCACGGGCCCAAGGCGUCUCAAGUUAACUGUUGAAAGUCUGCCUGCUGGGCUUAAUUGUACUCUAUCAAUCAUGUCUUUGUUUUAUCAGUUAGUGUAUUUUACUAAUGAUAUUUCUGCUGCAAUUAACAUUAGGGACCCAUACAGCAAUCCCAGUGGUGUCGAUUUGCUGUUUCUGCAGCAUCGUCAUUGCGGUCGAUUGCAUUAGAUCUUUUGUUAUACGUAUUUUUCCAACUCAGGACAUUCUGUACUCUACUUAAUAGUAGUUUUCGUCUCACCCCUUUGUACUGAUAAACUUGCUAAUGUUGAAUAAAAGAUGAGUAGUCUUCCAUUACUCAAUCCUCAGGGUUUGUGAUUA